GCCGCCCUGCGCGCUGCAGCCCGGAUUCCCGGCGCAGGUCGCGGUAUUGCGACGUGACACCAGUCCCUCGGCGUCUGCCAACCCCAGACCCUGGCCCCGAGAGCUUAGUCCGAUAGCGUGGGGGCGCCCUACAGACCGGCCGCCGUGGCCAGGUAGGUCGGGUUCCGGCGGCCUGCGGGCUUUCCCCACGGGAAGCGCCGGCCAAGGCCAGGACUGGACCUCAGACCCCGGCCGCUGGGACCACAGGGACGGGCCCUCCUGAGCGCCCACUGAAUGCAGGGGACCAAGCUAAGCACGUAGGGAAAUCGAAGGACUGGCCCAGGGUGCUGUGCGUGUGGACCGACGGUGGGACGCAGUCCCAGGUGAUUUGAAGAGGGAAGGCACAGCCACGCUUCCUGGGCUUGGCAAUCACCAAGCUUUCCCAAGUAGUGAAAAGUCGAGCCCCUGCUUUGGCAGAGUAGUGGCUAAGAGCCCCUGUGUGCCAGGAACAGUGAACUCAACAGUAAAAGACAGACGAGGCCCCGGAACCAGAGAGGAGACAGCCCAUCGAUGCCUCUCAGACCUGGGCCCUGCCCUUUGCAGCCUCCCUCAGGCAGCCUGUGCUCCAGCAGGAAAAAGUAAAUAUUUACUCUCAGAGGAGACUCUGAUGCUGUUUCCUGUUAGAAAAAGGUUGCUCACAGCUCUGCUGCUUACUCAGCAGUGGCCCUUCCAGCCCUCCAGACACAUGAGACUGGUGCAGUUCCAGGCACCCCACCUGGUGGGGCCUCACCUGGGCCUGGAGUCAGGGAAUGGUGGGGGGGUCAUCAACCUCAACGCCUUCGACCCCACACUGCCCAGGACGAUGGUGGAGUUCCUGGAGCAGGGAGAGUCCACUCUCUCAGUGGCAAGAAGAGCCUUGGCUGCCCAGUUGCCAGUCCUUCCACGGUCAGAGGUGACCUUCCUGGCUCCGGUCACAAGGCCAGACAAGGUGGUGUGCGUGGGCAUGAAUUACGUGGACCACUGCAAGGAACAGAACGUGCCUGUGCCAAAGGAGCCUAUCAUCUUCAGCAAGUUCGCCAGCUCCAUCGUGGGGCCCUACGAUGAGAUCGUCCUCCCACCUGAGAGCCAGGAGGUGGACUGGGAGGUAGAACUGGCCGUGGUCAUUGGAAAGAAAGGCAAGCACAUCAAGGCCACAGAUGCCAUGGCUUAUGUGGCCGGCUUCACUGUGGCACAUGACGUAAGUGCUCGUGACUGGCAAAUGAGACGCAAUGGAAAGCAGUGGCUGCUGGGAAAAACCUUUGACACCUUCUGUCCCCUGGGCCCUGCCUUGGUGACUAAGGACAGUGUAGCAGAUCCACACAACUUACAGAUCUGCUGCCGGGUGAACGGGGAAGUGGUCCAGAGCAGCAACACCAGUCAGAUGGUGUUCAAGAUAGAAGAGCUGAUAGCCUGGGUCUCCCAGUUUGUCACUGUUUACCCCGGGGACACCAUCCUGACGGGGACCCCCCCAGGUGUUGGUGUUUUCAGGAAACCUCCAGUCUUUCUCAAGAAGGGUGAUGAGGUCCAGUGUGAGAUUGAAGAACUGGGUGUCAUUAUCAACAAGGUGGUAUGACAGCUCCUGCCGCAGGCCCUGGACGCAAGACGAGAGGUGGGGCGCCCACUUCCACUCAGCCCCGUACAGCUCCAGCCCACUCUAGGCUGCUCCUCUAGGUAGAGGAGGAGGAAGUGGGACUCUCCUCUUCAAUAAACUUCUCAGUCUAAAGCA